AUGCUGGGCGGCGUGGGUGGUCGGCACGCCUCGGUGCGGCGGCGGGGCAGCUCGCCGUGCGUGCGGCGCGGCGACUCGCCGCCGGCGUCGCCCCGUCCGCCGAGGCGCCGCCGCGCCGCCCUAGCCGUCUCCGACCACAAGACCUGCGCCCUCAUCCACACGCGCCUCAAGCUGGGCGACAUCAUGCAGUCCCAAGAGCCCCCACCCCAGUAUCUCGAA